AUGACGAAUUCCGAGAGACUUGCCAUCCUCUAUGCUCUACAAAUUCCGAUAAGUGAUCAAUUUUUGAAUAUAUGCCGAAAAUUCGCGAAGAUUCAAGUUUCCGAAGAAUUGAUUAUUCAAAGUUAUCAAAUAUUCAAAAAGGAGGAACCAAUCGAUAAUGAUUCUGACACCUAUGAUAUCAUAGGAACGCCUUCAGAGAAUCCAGAUGUCCCGACGACGUCUUCUGCUCGGCGUUCAACUCAUCAGAUAGCUGAAAGCGAGAUUCCAGUCGAAGAAUCUCCAGGAAUACCAGUGGAGAAAUUUCUGUUCGGAAUCCGAGACUUUACUGAGAAGACGUUGACGAAAGAGGAGGAUAGACAGAAGUUUCUGAGGAAAAUCGAUGAGAUUAUUAGAUGUGCGAAGGGAAAGAUCAUCCCAAUCGACGUCGUCACAAGUCUCUUCCAAGCUGCCGUCAACGUUGUCAAGUAG